AACCACAACCACCACACUCAGGGGUGUUAACUUGGGAGCUGAAUCUCUUGUUGUAGGAUGGCUAUUGAAAAUAUCACCCUGGAUUCUGAAAACUCUCCAAAUCAGAGCAGCUGCGAUGUGUUUGUCUACCAACAAGCAGCCGUGGUCCUCUUCCCUAUUUUCUACUCUGUGGUUUUCAUCAUCAGUGCGUGCGGCAACAGCCUGGUUCUCUAUGUCAUCUGCCAGAGGAAGCAGAAGUUCAACUCCACCUCCGUCUAUCUUGUCAACCUAGCACUAUCUGACACCCUGUUCACACUGGCACUGCCCGGAAGAAUCAUUUAUUACAUCCGCCACUUUGACUGGCCUUUUGGUGACGCCCUCUGCAGACUGACCGCACUGCUCUUCUUUGCAAAUACAUAUGCAGGUAUUGGCUUUAUGACGUGCAUCAGUCUGGACCGAUACCUGGCCAUGGUGCACCCACACCGGCUGCAGUGUUUGCGGAGUGUGAAGGUGGUUCGCAGGGUCUCCUGCCUAGUGUGGGCUCUGGUGUCCCUGGAGGUCGCGCCUUUGCUGUUUCGCAGCAUGCUGCGUGAGCACCAGGGUAAACAGACCUGUAUGGAGUACUUCAACUUUGAGGGCUCCCGCUUCAUCCCUUAUCUCCUGCUUCUGGCCUGCACCAUCUCCUUCUGCUGUCCGCUCGUCAUCAUCAUAUGCUGCUACGCAAAGAUCAACCUGAAGCUGCGAGCUGCAGCCAAGCAAAACUCUGUAACUGGUCGAUCGAGGAGAAAUCACAGGGCCAACACCAUUAUUCUCCUCAUCCUCCUCACCUUCAUCGUAUGCUUCAGCCCUUACCACCUCAAUGUUAUGCAGUUUAUGUCCAGAAAGAUAGACCACUGGGUAACCUGCCAGGAACUGCGGGCCUUUAAGGUGUCCUUACAGAUCACAGUUUCACUAAUGAACUUCAACUGCUGCCUGGAUCCAGUCAUCUACUUCUUUGCCAUUAAGACAUACAAGAAGCGGGUGUUGAGCCUGUUCAAGGACUAUCUGUACACUUCCGGUGCCUCCUCCAAAAUGACAGCUGAAAAUAGCAGCAGCAACACCUGAGAGAAACCACAGCCGAGCCUACAGGAUAUAUAUACAUCUAACCAAUGCCACACAGAAGACCUAGUUUACUGUGCGAAACCCAAAAAGGCCUGUUUUUGGUCUCUUGUGUGUUCAUAUGUGAUAUUUGAUGUGUUUUGGAGAAGUAACUUGAGAACUUUAAAAAUAAGAUUACAUUUGCAAAUUUCCUAUGAUGUUUGUGAAUACUGCAUAAAAUGGAUUGUUCCAUAUCUAUUAUAAUUUUCUUUUUACAUUAUGUUGUAUCCGAUUACCUUUGUUUUGUGGGUUUUUUUUUUUUCAUGUGGGUGCUGUACCAGUGGUGUCAAACUGAAUUUUGGUUUCAGUGUUUGUGCAUAGGAGGGUUUUUUGUUUUGGAGGUGGAACCUGGAUAAAACUUUGACAUUAAUGCAUUACAACAGCAACUUUCACUUCCUUUACGUAGAGAAUCAAAUAUGCUGACCAAGUAAUGUGGCAAACAUUUUCUGGUAAAGUGUGUAAGUACAUUUGACAUUUGAGUGCGAAGUAUUAGAAUUCUACAUAUUGUGUAUAAAUAUGAGAGUGAUUGCCCUUAAAGAUUGACACCUGGCUAUUGCAAAUUAAUUUGGCUGGUAUCCGACCCAAUCUCAUCCCUGCUUAUAAAUAUCGCCGCUUUAUUGGACCUACAUGUCAAAAUAUGAAAUGCUACAUACCCUCCUGCGUGAGUUUUGGAAAUUCAGGGACAGCGUGUCCAUUUAUGCCUAUUACCUGCAUUGUGUAAAUUUUUCCUUGUGUGCCACUUCUUUUUUUUUCUCUUUUCUAAACAGUAAAUGUACAGUUUCUGGUUGUUACAUGUAUAUAGUCUUUUUCAUAAUAAACUUGCAAUGUAGGUAAAA